AUGGACGACCCCCUCGACAAAACCACUCUUGCGACCAUCUCCCUCCUUGAAUCGCGCCUCCUGCGAAUCGAGCAUCUCCUCUACGGCACCAGCGCCUCCCCCUUCUCCAGCCAAAACCAACAUGAGUCCGCGCUCCAGAAGAUGGACGCCUUGGAGCGGCGGUUUGCCAAAAUGACGUCCCAGAUUCGCGUCUACGCGGAGCUUCUCAAAAUCUACAAAUCCAAUCCAGACCUCUUCCACGCGCCUCCCCCCUCGCAACCCCCGUCCCAGCUCGACUCAGACGCCGUCCAAUCCAUCGUCCUCGCCUCCGCGUCCUCCUUCCCCGCCACGCUCUCCGCCCUCACCGCCGUCAAGGACAUUCCAAUUCCCGACUCUUCCACCAGCGCAAGCCUGAUCUCGCUCACCAAGCGCAUGAAGGCCAUUGAAGCCACGCAGAUUGCGCAGACCGCUGAAAUUUCCGCUCUCCGAAGUAGAAGCGAGGCGCUUGUGCGAUCAUGGUACGAAAACGGGGCAGUAAUGGGCUCUCAAGUGUUGGCGCACUCGGAGAGCAGAAUCCAGAGGAUCGAG